AAAAAACACGAUAUACACAUGAGAUUAGCAAAGGAACGUUCACGUGAGCGUGAAAUGGAUAGUGAAUUGAAUAAAUUAUGUUUGCCGGGUUUGCCGCCACUGCCAAAAAGUUUGAGCACAGCAGCUGCUGCAGGCGUUUCGUCGGCCGCCUCCUCAGCAACGCACUCAAAUACAGCGUCACCGUUAAACAACCAUCAUCAGCAUCAUCAUGCAUUGCACGGUGUCGAGAGUGUGGAUCUCUUUUUGGGACCCUCAACAUCGGCGGCCGCCACGCGUAAUCACUACCGGCACGGCAGUCUAUCGUCUACACAAGAGUCAUUGAGCGAUCGUGAAAGUAUACACAGUCGCGCCUCUUCGUCGCACAGUAGUCAUCAUACGCCUACAAAUACCAAUACUGACAAUGGUGGCACAUCAAUUUCGUUUAGUGGUGGCAGUGGCAGCAGCACAACCAGUACAUUGGAUACACAACUAGCCAUAUUGCGUCGUGAAAUGUAUGGACUGCGUCAGUUAGAUCUUUCUUUACUCUCACAAUUAUGGGCACUCAACGAAUCGAUUCAGGGAUUUCGUGUAUUUCUACAAGAACAAGAAGCGCUCUCACCGCCAUCACCCUCGCCAACGCCAUCUGACACAAAUUCGCUUACAUCAGAGGCGGAAGAGGAAUCAUAUUCAGCGCAACCAUUAAAAUUACAACAUCCCAUUGUUGCACAAGCAGCAUUACCACCUGGUGGCUCGACAACAUCACACGCUUCAACAAGUUCAGCCUCUGGCACGUCGGGCUCCUCAUCGGCUACCUCUUCGAUGGGUAAGCAUGGCGGUAUGCCAUUACCGCCAGCACCACAAAAGACACACCCACAGCUGCCACGUAUACUGCAGCAACGUAUGCGUCGCGCACCGCCGCCACCGCCACCAACAACACGACCCAAAACGACUAGGGACGCAAUGGCUGCAGCCAAUGGCACAGCUACGACACCGGUGCCACAAAGACCAGCAUGACAAAACCCAUUCUUGGAUUAAGCAUUCAUGCAACGUAAAGUGUUUGCCUAAUUCAAGAAUGUCGCUCUAAACAUAAAUUUAUAGCUCGUAAACUAUUCAAACGUUUGUGAGUGUAGUACGUGUAGGCUUGUUGCCAUUUGGGAAUAGUCGUGCAAGUCGUAGAGACAAAUGUUGUCAAUUAUGUGUUGCGAUGGUGUCGCUAUGUAGGAUGAAAAACUGACACGUAGACGUUGAAGCGCAAUUAUGAAUAACAUAAUCAAAAUAUAUUCAGUGGAUUUAAUGUUUGCGUUUUUCGAAAGUGUAUUUUAGACGAUUGUAAACGGUAAACAUUUGCGGUAGAGUUUAGCGUUUAAUUUUAAAAAUUAUAACGCGUUUUAUUCAGUGCGUUCCAUACAGUUGUAUCUAGUAAGUAAGCGCGUAAGCUAAUCAAAAUGUAAUGAAUGAAAUAUCGGUGUCGUACUGUACACAUAUUCCCAAAUAUUGCUGUUAAAGGGUUAAAAAACAAAGAAAAUGUAACGAAUUGAAUAUCAAACUUUACAUAUACGAAAACUAUUGAUUAAUACAUAUUGCUAUAAAGUCGGUUUAAAUAUUUUCCACUAUACACAAACUCACAUACACAACCCACAUGCACAACAACAACGUGAAAGUGCACACAUCUGUAACCAAAAUACACUUUACAUCCUAACACCACGCUGCAUUUACGCAUUGAAGGGUGUUGUGCCAAUAUGCGAUGUCGUUAUUCACUCCACUCCAUUGUAGCCCUUGGUGGUUACAUUUAACGAAACAAAAUUAUACUAGGAACUAUGACGAAGAUGAUAUACAAAAACGAUCUUAGCUGAUUUUAGCCCAAUACAUACCAUAAAUAAACCUAAACCGAAGUAGUACUAGACGUUCAAUUUAUAUUCAGAAAUUGCAAUCAUUUAUAUAAAUUACAUACAUAAAUAAUAAACCGCUGCACAAGUCGACUUACAACUUGUUCCAAAUUAUUCGUUUCUUUAACAUAACACUGCAAUGUUCCUUGUUCUCAAUGCAUGUGCGCUGAACAGCGUAAGGACAUUGCGGUAAAUGUUAUCAAACAAUGUUAAUGCAAUAGGUCACUCAUUGCUUCUGAAAUAUCACGUGCACUUGUGCAGCUGUUUAAUAAAUAAUAACGAAUCAAGAUCAUCAUUAAUGCAUAUACAUUUAUGACGUAUUACAUCGAUCUAAAUAUUUAAAUUAAUUUAUAAAUAAUAAAUAAAAUUGCAACAUACAAGUAAAGCGAGAAUUAUAGCUGUAUUGUAAUCCGCAUUAAUAAGCGUUGUCAAGUUAUACAAAAAAUAAAUAAAUGCUAAAUAAAAAAAAAAUAAAUAAACGCAUUCGCAUACAUAAAUGCAUAAUAAUAUUAAAGAAAAUCUACUUUGAAAAUAAGCUAAGCUAAAAUAAAACUUGUUCUCGUUCAAUCGUUAUAAUCAAACUCCUAUUAUAAGAAAAUCUACUCCACUAAUUUAUACUCGAACUAUUUUCCUUAUAAAUAUACUGGUGGUGGUUAACAAGCGCCAGUCGUGUGAAGCAUAUGUAUGUUGCUUUAAAGAAAUUAUGUUGUAGCGGAUUUUCCUAGAACGCAGAUAUACCUAAUAUAAAAUUGUUUCUAAGCGUGUAAUUGUUUUUACAAGCACUCAAACUUAUACAUUUUCUCCAAAUACAUUGAUUUGUAAACAUGUUUGAAUUUGAAUCACACAUAUGCAUAUUUACUACAUACUAAACCUAUUAUAACUUAUUAAAUUAUAAAAUGCAGAAAUGGGAAGAAGAGAAACGUUGAUAUGAAUUAUGCAAUAAAUUAUUAAACAAAACGAA